CCAUUAUCACGAACUGGCCGGGCUGUAGCCGCAGCUCGCGCCUCCUGUUGGAGCCUCUGCGCCCGCUUUGGAAGCUGCCGCCGGCAUAGGAAAGCAGCAGGGGGGUGGCGAGCGGGCGUUUCGGUUUCGGGCAGCUGCUGCCGAGCCUACCCGCGGGAGCUGCGCCGGGUGGGACCGCUGGCUCCGGGGCUGAUUGUUGCAGCGCUGGGGAGGGGGCGGGCCUGGAUUUGUGCCUCUCUCUGGGCGCCUUGUGGACAGGCGGCGAAUGCGGUAGCGGCGGCCGCCGCGUGCGCCAUCCCCUGCAACCCGCCCAUGCGAGCCGAGCCCCGGCGGGCUCCCGACGCGCUGUGCUGGGCAAUUGGAGCCGGGCGUUCGGGAUUGGAAGGCGCGGGGAGCGGGCGGGCUAGACGUGCCGUCCCCACCCCCACCUCUCCCUCCGCCGAGAAUGGCAUGAUUGGGGACAUCAUGGCUAGCGGCAUCCUCUUUAUUGUGUGAGGCUGCGUGGCCUCGGCUGGGAGCCAGCUGCCCCCGUCAGCAACUCCUCAGCCCGCCGAAGUUUGUGCCCUGUGUCCUAGCUGCUGUGUCUAGCCGCGGGACGCGGAGCUAGGCUCGCCUCGGGCAGCCGGCAGGGAUGCUUUUGGGCGGGGGCGCGUGUGUGCGUUAAGCGGGGGGCGAAGACCACCGCGCCGUAGGCAGGACUGUAAGUCCCAAGGGCAACGCGCUGCUGGUGGCGCGCCGGGUGUGAAUGCUGAGCGGGUUGCGUGCAACCCCCUCGGCAGAGUCGUGCAGGCAGGUUGGCUGGGCGUGAUGCUCCGUUAGGUGGGCGCUGUAUUUGCGUGCCCUGAGCCGGGCUUAGCUGCGGGUUUCUGGGGACGCGGCCCCUUGCAGCCUGGGGGAAGGCAAGGCUGGGGGACUAGCUGUUGGAAAGGGGGGUGUGUGCAAUAAAUAAAGCAAUAAAUGGCCAGCAACAGGAGCAUUGAGCUGGAGCACUUCGAGGAGCGGGACAAAAGGCAGCAGCGCUCGGGGUCCCGCAGAGCGGGCACCAGCUCGAGUUGCAGCAGCAGCUCCGGGCCCAAGGGAAACGGGCUGAUCCCCAGCCCCGCGCACAGCGCCCACUGCAGCUUCUACCGCACGCGGACGCUGCAGGCCCUCAGCUCGGAGAAGAAAGCAAAGAAAGCCCGGUUCUACCGCAAUGGGGACAGGUACUUCAAGGGCUUGGUGUUUGCCAUUUCCAGCGACCGCUUUCGUUCCUUCGAUGUUCUCCUGAUCGAACUCACCCGGUCCUUGUCGGACAAUGUCAACCUGCCCCAGGGGGUCCGCACCAUCUACACCAUCGAUGGCAGCAGGAAACUCACCAGCCUGGAGGAGCUAGUGGAAGGAGAGAGUUAUGUAUGUGCCUCCAAUGAACCAUAUCGCAAAGUUGAUUAUACCAAGAAUGUCAAUCCAAACUGGUCUGUGAAUAUUAAAACUGGGUCUGCUCGAUCCUUGACAUCUCUGACCUCUAUGAAAAGCGAAGUGAAGGAGAGUAAAGAUUUCAUUAAACCCAAAUUGGUGACUGUUAUUCGGAGUGGUGUGAAGCCACGGAAAGCUGUGAGAAUUCUGCUGAAUAAAAAGACUGCUCAUUCCUUUGAACAGGUUUUGACCGACAUUACAGAAGCUAUUAAGUUAGAUUCAGGUGUUGUGAAGAGACUUGUAACACUGGAUGGGAAGCAGGUUACCUGCUUGCAGGACUUUUUUGGAGAUGAUGAUGUUUUCAUUGCAUGUGGACCUGAAAAAUAUCGUUAUGCUCAAGAUGACUUUGUACUGGAUCAUAGUGAAUGUCGUGUUAUGAAGUCAUCUUAUUCCCGUUCACCUGGUACAUCACGGCAAUCUGGAUCUAAAAGCCCAGGAUCCUCCCGUCGAAGCAAGUCACCAGCUUCAGUAAAGAGGGGUGGCCACUACUCCAGUGCUUAUUCUACAGCAAAAUCCCCAGUCAAUGGAACACCCAGCAGCCAGAUAUCCACUCCAAAAUCUACCAAGUCCUCCAGCUCUUCACCAACCAGCCCAGUGAGCUUUCGUGGACUCAAGAUUCCUCCUCACUGUGGCUCUUCCAAUGUGAAUGGUGUGCCCGAACUAUUCCAUUGCAUAAGUCUUGAAGGUGUGAAUGGAAACAAGUGUUCAGGGUCAUCUACUAUUCUUGAGAAAUACAGAGUGGGAAAAGUGAUUGGUGAUGGCAAUUUUGCUGUAGUAAAGGAGUGUGUAGAACGAUCCACUGGAAAGGAGUUUGCAUUGAAGAUUAUAGACAAGGCAAAAUGCUGUGGAAAGGAACACCUGAUUGAGAAUGAGGUAUCCAUAUUACGCCAAGUGAAACACCCCAAUAUUAUCAUGCUGAUAGAGGAGAUGGACACGCCAACAGAACUCUAUCUUGUGAUGGAGUUAGUCAAGGGAGGAGACCUAUUCGAUGCUAUCACUUCUUCAACAAAGUAUACAGAGAGAGAUGGCAGCGCAAUGGUCUACAACCUAGCCAGUGCACUGAAAUACCUCCAUGGUCUCAACAUUGUGCACAGAGACAUUAAGCCAGAGAAUCUGCUGGUAUGCGAGUAUCCAGAUGGAACCAAGUCCUUGAAGUUAGGGGACUUUGGACUGGCCACAGUGGUUGAAGGACCUUUGUAUACAGUCUGUGGCACCCCUACAUAUGUGGCUCCAGAAAUCAUUGCAGAGACUGGAUAUGGCUUAAAGGUGGAUAUUUGGGCUGCAGGUGUGAUCACAUAUAUACUGCUUUGUGGAUUCCCACCUUUUCGCAGUGAGAACAAUCUUCAGGAAGACCUCUUUGAUCAGAUCCUCAUCGGAAAGCUAGAGUUUCCCUCUCCAUACUGGGAUAACAUCACUGACUCAGCUAAGGAGUUAAUUAGUCUGAUGCUACAGGUAAAUGUAGAAGCUCGAUAUACAGCAGCCCAGAUCCUAGGCCAUCCCUGGGUGUCCGAUGAUGCCUCUCAGGAGAAUAAUAUGCAAGCUGAAGUAACAGGUAAACUGAAACAGCACUUUAACAACAUGCUACCCAAACAGAACAAUACAACCGCUGGGGUCUCUGUCAUCAUGUGCCUGCAUUGCUUUCCUCUGAGUAGGUCCAAGGCAAUGAACACAGCUCUAGAUAAGGAAAGUCAGAUUUUCUGCAGCAAGCACUCUCCGGACUCUAGUAGAGCUGGUACGCAGAAAACUUCUGUGAUUAUUGCUGCAGCUGAAAAUCUUCAUGUGGCUGGGUUCAAGAACCUCUCCUCUGCUUCUUCUGAGCCAAUCAAAUCCCACACACAGCCUCUCUCUGCCUGUCAUGACAAUGCUGAGGAACAACCCACUCUGUAGAAGCAAUGUAAACCAAAGCCCCAUUGCUAGGCCAGGAGACCUCAUCAUAUCUGUAGUAUUUCAGUUCUCACACUGUCCUAUGGCUAGUCUAAGGCAGACUAUCAGCAUGCGUGCGGGUGGGUGAAAUUUGUACUGUAGCCUUUGCCUUCUGAACAUGGAGAGGGGAAGAAAUUCUGAAUUUUUUAGAUUUGUUUUUAAUCACUGGUGUUGGUUUAAUGCAGUGUUUCUCACACCCUAGGAAUCUGACUAGCUUAACCUGACCUAGUUAAAUAAGAACUUCAAGUGGAUGAACAGUGUCAAGGCCUAACUUCUGCAAACACAAACACUCCUGGUCAACAGAACUUGUUCUCAGAAAAGGGGGUAUGCACACAGACGAAGCUGUAUUUGUCUCCUGUCCCAGUAACUAUAAUGACUUGAGUUUAGCUGAGCUGAAGAGGCAAGUUGCUGUGAAAAACUUUAGUGGAUUAACUGUACAAUAUUGAAAGGAAAGGGAUUCUUUUUCUCUACUACCAGACUUCAAGAUAGUGUUUAGAUCAUAUGAACGUCAAGUGACUUUGGAUAUAACAACAUGGGCAGUUAUUGGUCUGAAGACUGCAGCUAAGGAAGCUUUUUCAUUCUAGCUAUUGCAUAUCCUCCCCCCACAAACUUCAGUAUCCAUUAGAAACAAUAAAACUACUUUGAAUGGAAAGCUUGCUGCAUGUUACAUAAGCUAGGAUGGAACAGUUCCUAGUUCUAAGGCAAGCUGACUAACAAGAGCUGCCACAUAUUUUAUUACCAUCCUCUUCUUCAUCUAGUGCAGGAACUGGAAAACACACUGGAGGACCACUGAUCCUUAAUCUGCAGUCAAGGAUGGAAAGCAUUUUAUCUCUGAUUCCGCUUGGUUUAAUAGUGUGUACUCAACUUAUUCAUUUUUCUGCUUGUUACUGAGACAAAUUGGUCCUAGUUCAUUUUCUUUGUUAGCUAUUACUUUCUACUAGAAUUGUAACAGAUCUGCAAUAAACUUUCUUCCCAAAAAAGAAAAAAUAGUCAUUUAUUCCCGUGAGAACUCAAUUUCCAGACAGCGCUAGAAAGUUGAAUGGAUCAGUAAGGAACAACUGUCCCGCUUGAGACACUUAAGGUCCUUAUUCUCAAAGAGCAGCUCAAAACAUUCACAAAAGAUCAUGGGCACUCCUACUGAUUGUGUCACAAUGUGCUGGUUUCCUUUGGAGACAGUCACUCAUCUGGCCCUCGGUUUUUAACGGUAACUUGAAUUUACAACAUGACUAUGGGCUUUGCUGGAAUUAUGACAUGCUUAUUAUUGUUGGCAUGGGUUAGUGUGAUUUGGUCUUCGAAAAAAAAUUUGUUGGCUGCUUAAUUAAUAGAUCAGCAGCAAA